AUGGCGUAUUGGUUGAAUAGUGGAUCACCAAAUUUUAGACGCAUUUAUUCCUCGUAUAUUUUAGAUCGAAGGAAAUUCUCUUAUGAAGCUGAGGCUCUUCAACAACAAAUAGCUGAUUUACGGAGAGAAACAAUGAUAUUAAAUCAACAAACAAACACACAGAACAUUCCAAUUAUUGAUGAUGAUGAUAUUACUAAUAUUGAUGAUGAAGAAGAAUUCUUCCCAUCUGGUUAUAUAAAUAACAGAGAUUCUGUUGACAGUGACAGAACUUCCUGGGAUGUUGUAAGUUCACAUUAUAUAAUUAACAGAGAUUCUGUUGACAGUGACAGAACUUCCUGGGAUGUUAAUGAUGUCAAGUCACCACCAUAUUCCACUCAAUCUUUGGGCAGACGUCUUGGUGCUGCAGGAAGAAAAUGGGGUAGUAGAACAAGUCUUAAUUUUGAAAAGAGUUAUUUUGAGUUUGAUGAUUUAGAUGAUGAUUUCCGUACAGAUACUCCAGAAGUUAUUUAUUAUCCUGAAAAUGAUCUGGAAAGCGUCAAAUCUUAUGAAAGUUCAUUUUCUGUGUAUGCCAAUAAAACGAAUAAAUUAACACGAAGAUAUGGUACUUUAGAUGAUGAUUCAGAAAGUACAGAUCCUGUAUCAUUAGAUGAUAUGGAAGAAGAAGAUGAUUCUACAGGAUUAUCUAAUCCGAGUACGCCAUCAGAUCCUGAUAAAGGUCUACUUUCAACUACACCAGAUAAGGACAAAUUUGUGAAAGAGAACUUUGAAAAUGUGGCAUUUACCCCAAUAGCACCAGAAAAAUUCCACAAAGCCUUGGACCAUAUAGAAGAAGAAAUAAAUAGUAAUGUUAUUCGACCAUUUAGUCCAAGACUUAGCAUAUCAGCCAGAUUUUUAUCUAGAGCACAACAAGCAGGACUUAAAAGUACAUUUAAUAGUCUACAGAAAUCUGAAAACUGGCUUGAUCUGCAUGAAUUAUUUAUGGAUGAAGAAAUAUCAUAUUGUGAUAUCAAAAAUAUUAUUAAUUUAAUACAUAAGAGUAAGAGUAAUAUGGCCCGAGCUGUGGAUGAAACACGUAGACGUUUAAUAGCUAUGGGUUGGGAUGGUGAUAAUAAUGAUAUAAAUAAUGAAGAUAAUAAACCACCCUCUCCACCAACUAAACUAGAAUCUAAUGUAUCUAGUUUUAAGUUAGAAGACAAUCUUACUUCACCAAAAUCUAUCUUAAAUUCAGGCAAAAGGAGUAGCCCUUCCCCCAAAAGUCCACGUCGAUUUUGGCUGACAAAUGACCAGGCAAAGCAACGACAAGAAAGGCUCUCAUUGCCUAAAUUGCCUAUCAGUAAAUUUUUACAAUCACAAAUGGGUAAAACAACUCCUCCUCCUUCCAAACCUAACUAUCGCAGUCGACUUCCUUCUGUGAAAUCACCCCUCCCCCGGAAAAUGGUGGCGUCCCCAAAAUUCAAACGGAGUGAAAAAGUUUUUGAAGAUGAUGAAGAUGAUGAUUCAUCAAUUUCUUCCUCAACAUCUAGCCUACGUCUGAGGGGCAGUCAACCAAACUUACGUAGUGUCAAAACUGAGGACAAACGACGCAGUACACCAAAUCUGAGAUCUUCAUUGGACAGUGCUCUAAGUCAAUCACCUGAAGGCAAACGUGGUUCAGGAGGACAGUCAUAUCUUAAACCAACAAAAAGUUCCAAUGCAAAGAUUUUAAGAUCCAGUUCUGCCUCCACUUUACCAAGUGUUAAGCCAGAACUUUCCCAAACUGGUAGUCUUUCAAAAGCCACUUCAUUGACAAGUCUUAACGGCACAAAGAGCGAACAAUCAACAACUCAACAAUAUCAGAAGAAGCGUCCGUCUCAAGUUAAAAAGAGCAGUCGACUCUCCUCAUCAAAACUUGCACAAUAUGCAUCUACACCAAAUUUAGCAUGUGUUGAAGAGGAUGAUGAAGAAGAACCUCAAACAAAUCUUUUGAAUUUAUCAAAUUUAACCAAAAGCGUUCCAGAUAUCAAUGACUUGGAUGAUACCAGCACUGCCUCGUCAUCUGAAAACCCUCCAAAACCUUUAGCCAAUGCUUCCAGACGUCCAGGACUAAGAACUCGCUUUUCAGGAUUUAAAAAGGAUCGUGAUUCUAGUGUGGAUAGUGGUGGUGCUAGUAUAGAUAAAAGAUUACCCAGACGGUCAUUAAAUGUUGGGAGUUCCAUAUCAGCAGAAUGUCAAGGUGUUAGGCGUUCACUGUCACCAUUGAUGAAUCAAAAUCGUGAUUCAGGAUUAAUGCCCCCUCCUUUAAACAUCUCUCGGAAGAAACCAGAUUCCAUUUUGAAACAUUCGAUAAAAAGACGAUCUCAACCAGAACUAAGUCUUGAUGAAGCGAAAGAUAUUUUGAUGGGCAGAUCUAAAUCUGGCCGUGAUUUUUUCUCAAAAGAUAAGGAAAAUAAGAUAUCAACAGACGCAAAUACGCCAGAAAAACUUGAACAAAGUGAUAAUUCUAAAAGUGGAAAGACACCUCCACAAACAAGUGCAACUUCAAGUCACAGAACUUUGCCUCAAGUAGGUGGUCAUAGAGCAUCACCUCAACUAAACUCUGCAUCAACAAAACAAGUACAGCCUAAUUCAAAUAACCAAACGCAUAAAACUCCACCCCAUUCUACCACACCGCUAGUUACUAGUCAACCAGAUGAUAUGGAUGAGAAACAGCCAAGUAUCAAGGACAGGAUAGCGCUGUACUACUCUCAUAUGACGCCAGAUAAGGAACCUAGUGAACCUCGGGAACCAAGAUCUAGAUCUGCUUCACAAUCAGACAUUAAAGUAUCACCUCAUUCUGUGACCUCCACCACAACGUUAGAUCUGAAUAUAAGUUCGCGAAGUCAGUCCGAUACAGGGGUGGGAUCCGAUACUGAUACUGAUUCAGAGAUUAAACGUCCUGAUAAAACUACGUCUCAUCCUAGGUUGACAUUGGUUACCAACAAUCAUGAUAUAGACAAUGGGGUAUCUUUAACAACACCAGUGGUUUCCUCAUCAUUAGAUCAGUUACGUUUAGAUCCUGUUAAAAUCAACCGUAGUAAACUGUCAUUACCAGUAACUCCAGACUACAACUCUCAAGAUUUCUUUACCAACUGUUCUGAGGCUGUAGCCGACUUGAAGAAUGCUAUACAACGAUUAAAACAAAUACAUAUCCAGUCAUGUAAUAUCAAAGAUGGCAAUUCAGAACAAGUACAAGCUUUAUUAGGUCAAGCAUUCCAAGAGGCACAUCAUACAUUUGCUGAUUUAUCAGCUAAAACACCAACUGAUACUACAGAUAAAACAUUAUCCUAUCCCAACCAACCAGAGACUAGUACAAAACCUUGUGAACCCUCUAGUGAAGAUGACAUGGUGCUGGCCAAAGCCAUGUCAAUGAUGGAACCUUUAUUAAACAAAUUUUCUAGUAGAAUCUCGGAACAAGUAGUUGAAAAACUCAAAACCAAAAGUGACAAAACUGGUACUAUAGUUUGA